AAAGUCCAGUAAAACUGUAGUAAACUGUGUGCAACGUAUCAUACUAGUUUAAUUUGAGAACUUACGAAUCAAAACAUAGCAAAACUAAACCGUCAAGUUAAUUUUCUCCACUUGCAUCUAAAUAGAGCGUCCCAGUCAAGAAAAUGGAACAUUGAAAAAACACACAGAGGAGUGAGGAGAAAUAGAUAACAGAAGGUGCCCCUUACAUCGGCGUGUUCAGUUGUUUCGAACGGCAUUUGACGGUAUCGGUCUAUCUAUUUCGAGUUUUACAUCUGAUAUAGUCGUUAGACAUUUCAUUACACUGAUGAGGGUCUGUUGAAUUAGAAGUGAUCUGACUCUUGUACAAGAAUUGCUAAUCAUAGUAGCCAUUUUAUGGUACAAAUGGCAAAAGUAAGGGAAUUGUUUGAGAAUAUGCAGCUCAGUGAUAAUGAACACGAAAGGCCUGCGAUCAUACAGCAAUGGCUGUCCAAGCGUGGAAACGUAGUGUCGAGUUUUGCAGUCGGGAUCUCAAAUACAUGUUGGAGUUGUACGGACGUUACAACCGAGUGCGGUCUCAGAUACCAAGUCGCCUACGGUAGUCAGCAUUUGCUCGAUCAGGUCUUAAAAAUGGCACCAAAAGCUCAACAGGAAUGGUUGAAUAUUGAUCCCGAGGAAAAAACUCAAGCAAUUUACGCGGUAGCCCGGAACUUUCAGAAGCAUGUAGCGCUGUUUAGUACCGCGGAAGCUGUUAGCUUUCCGUUCAAACGUCUCGAAAAGUGCCGAGGAGCCUAUGCCACGAAUGCUAUAGAGUAUUUGUACAGCACGGCGGCCAGAAGGUGUUCCGGUAAAAUCCUGCCAAGGUGCUCAGCAGUGAUUGUCAUUCAGGGAUCGGACUCUUACCCAAUGAACCUUAUUGCUGAAUGGCGAAUUGGAGAGGCGUGGUCGGCCCACACUCCUGUUGUCCUCGCUGUUUCUCCGUCAAACUGCUUGCCAGCUCUCAUUUUUUCCGACAUCUGUCUCGUUGCUGGGUUUCCGGCGAAUUUUCUGAAUGUCGUUAUACUUCGUGACUCGGACCUAGGCAAGUUGCAACCUAUUACGGGGACAGUAAUGCUUUCGCUAGAGAAAAGUCGUCCCAGUAUGUCCACCUGUAUCAUUGCUGAGGGCGCGGAUAUUGGCUCAGCGGUCAAUGGUGUCAUGGAAAUGCUAUCCGACUGCUGGGGAAUGAAAAACUAUCUGGGAAUAAUGGUUUAUAUUCAAGAUUGUAUACAAUCGCGAGUCAUGAAAGCUCUCAAAGCUCAAAUGGGCAGCCUAAAAAUAGCCAAGUCUAACUUCGCCAAAACAGCUGAUCUUGUGGCUCAUUCCGAUGUUCAGAUUAUCAAAGCUGCUCAUAUUCCUCAGAAAACAAAGAACACAGCGCCAACAGUCUACAUUCAAGGUUUUCGAACUAUUAAGGAAGUCGCCAGCUUAGCGUCAGUAGAUCCGUUACACUCGGAGUAUCUUUCUAUCUGGACGGAAUACGUGGCACGAGCUGUCGAAAUAGCUGAACGCAUUUAUGGCUUCCGAUACAUCUGGAUUAAUGGACAAAAUCACUUUUAUAAUAAUCCUACCUUCCUCAAAGAGCUGUAUUUCCCCUCCGGAAAAAUGGACUUAUCUGAGAAAAUUUCUUUCUCACCGCCGCCGAUCCCUAAUGUGGAACUUGAGCACGUCUUCAGCAACGUCGACUGUACCCUCAAGCUGUACUAUGACGGCGGUCAGAAACAUGCUGAAUCACAAACUUGCUACCCGGUGUUCGAACGUAUUUCAUCGACCGAUCGUGCCGCUAAAAUCCUCGCCUACGUGCCUGCUGCAGGGCCGAAGGAUGCUUGCAACGCUGUUGAAGCUGCAUUAAAGGCUUUCCCAGGAUGGAGUAGUAAGUCAGCGUUCAGCAGGUUACAAAUUAUCUACUUUUUCGGGGAGAAUCUAAACCAACGAAAAGACGAUUUUAUCGAAAAGCUGUCGCGAAACACGGGCCAUUCGGACUGUGCACAAGAGCUACAGGAAUCCAUAGACGCGAUUUUCAAAUGGGCUAGCUAUCGCGAUACUGAUGUCGAGGGCUUUUGCGACAUAUUUCAGGUAUCAUCCCCAGGUAUGAAAUUGUACUCAUCACAGGAGCCUCACGGCGUAAUCGCUAUCAUCUGCCCUCCGAUAAAGGUUAUGCGUUCUCUAGUCACGCUUUUGAUUAGUGCAAUAUCGAUUGGCAACACCGUCGUUAUCGUCGUUCCAGAGGAAUACCCCAUUGCACCAUUGAUGCUGGCCCAGGUUAUUGAUACGUCAGACAUUCCUGCAGGGGUAAUCAACAUUCUGUCUGGUAACACAAAUAGUUUAUUAACUACGUUAGCUGCGCAUGUCGACGUUAAAGCACUAUGGUGUUGGGCCAACAGACGAUGUGAACAAGCUAAUGAAGGUUGUGAAAAAAGCGAAAAACGUUCAGUCUGGUGGUUUAACAUUAACCCAAAAAACCCAGUAGACGUUUGGCCCGAUAAAGAACUAGACUCCUACCGAGGGAAUAAAAAAUACGUUUGGCUUCCUUGUUUAUCGGUUUUCUCUAAUUAAUAUUUUUGAAGACUGAACGUUUAUCUGACAGUGCAGUGCCAUUAUGUACUGGACUUGUUCAGCUGAGGUCAAGGUGUUUGCAUUAUAAGGAACGGAUACAAAUAAUACCAUGCAGUUUAUUGAAGUCGG